GAAAGAAAUUUUAGUAAAGUGGUUAUUUCCUUGGAAAAUUUAGUUUUGCCGGAUGAAAAAUUGUAUCCUACCCCGUCCGUCCUUGAUAAUUUAUCGUACGAGCACGAAUGUGACCUGCGUAUUUAUGGCUGUGAGCUCAUUCAGACGUCUGGCAUAUUAUUAAACCUUCCUCAGGUAGCCAUGGCAACUGGACAAGUUCUGUUUCAAAGGUUUUAUUACUGUCAAUCAUUUGUCAAGCACAAUGUUGAGGUCCUUUCCAUGGCUUGCAUCCACUUGGCUUCCAAGAUUGAAGAGGCACCGAGAAGGAUUAGGGAUGUCAUGAAUGUUUUCAACCACAUCAAGCAAAUUCGAAAUAAAAAAACUAUAAUGCCAAUGAUGUUAGAUAACAACUAUGUUAAUUCAAAGAACCAAGUUAUAAAAGCUGAACGACGAGUUUUAAAAGAACUGGGUUUUUGCGUCCAUGUUAAACAUCCUCAUAAAAUAAUUGUAAUGUAUUUACAAGUUAUUGAAGCAGAACAAAAUAGACGAUUGGUUCAGUAUGCCUGGAAUUAUAUGAACGAUAGCUUCAGGACAAAUGUGUUUGUUAGAUUUCAACCGGAAACCAUAGCCUGUGCCUGCAUAUAUUUAGCUUCACGCAAUCUUCAAAUUCCCCUGCCAAAUAAUCCUCCAUGGUGGUUAGUGAUGGGUGUCGAUGAAUCGGACUUGAAAGAAAUUUCACGAUCUAUACUCGAACUCUACACUCGACUAAAGCCCAACAUAGAGGAAUUAGAUGCCUUGGUAAACGAUCUUAAGAAACAGCAGCAGUUGGCGAAGUUGAAAGCCAAAGAAUUG